CAACCAGUCCCACUGAGUAGGUUGUGCGUUUGGCUUACAAGCCAAAGUUGACCUGUCUCCCCAGAGGAGCAAACAAGAGCGACCUGAGAAGAGGCAAUGGAAGCUAACGGCCAGCUCCUGAGAGUUAUCCAGGAGAUGCGGGCAGAGAUCAAGAAGCUGGAGAAAGAGAAUCAAGCUCUUCGGAUGAAGCUGAUUUCAAAUAGUCAGAGAACCCCAGAGUCAGGGGGCCAAUCAGCAGAUGAAUGGGAAGAGGAAGUCACAGACCUUGGUAAGCUCGGAAAAGCACCUGGACAGUCUCUAGCAACACUUCAUGGUGGUAUUUCCACUGAGUCAGCACCAGCUAUACAGGAACACCAAGGUAAUGUCAUGAUUGUUAGACGCUACUCCAUUUCCUCACCAAUUCAUUCAUUUGCUGCAAAUGAUCCCUGGAAAGCUGGGAAAAGACAACCAAACAGUGAAAUUCUAGAAGCUCAGGGAACAGUUAAAUCACUGGCAUGUUCUUCAUUCAAGAAGCAAGACAAUGAAGAAAAAAUUUUUGCAGACGAUUCUUUUACCGGCAAUAAUUCCAGCCAAAGAGCCUCCCCUGAGCAUACUUUUGGUUGCAGGGACAAGAUAAAGACAGUCGGUUUCCUGUUACCCAUGGACGUAUCUUCAUAUUCCAAAAAUUUAAGUUCUUUGAAGUACUCACCAAAUCAGACCACAAGCCAGCUAAGUACCAUUGCAGAAUAGGAUGUGUGAGGUGGUGAAAUUUAAGAAACAGUUGAUUCCCAAGAGAUGGGAACACCAAGGCCUUGCUGGGUCAGUGUCCUCCCCUUCAAAGAGCUCUGACAAGAUGCCUCGUGAGACACACAACAUACUGGGCAUCAGGCCAGUGACCUUGUCAAUGGACUUGGCCAAGAAAUGGAAGCGAUUACUUUAUGUGGUUGUUGAAUACUAAUGUUGAGUGUGUACAGCAGCUAUUGUGUCUGUAGGCAGCACAUGAGCCAUUAAAUGUGAAUAAAUUGUGUGCUAAGUGUUCAGUAUCCGCGUUAUGCCAUCCGACAAUGCUGUUGUUCACAUUAUAAGUGUCACUUUCCAGAUUAAACAAUAACAAACGUAGAAAAAAAGUUCUAGUUUUGAUUAAUGGUACAAAACAAUAGUGAUUAUCCUUAUAGCUAAUAGUGGGUUGCUAUUUCACUGACACUAGCUCAUUUGGUCUUUUGAUAUCCUGUGUCACUGGCAUGGGAGCACAAACAGCCGACUCCCAUAGCGUACAUUGUGGCCUCAGCACAACUGUGGGCUGGCUGAUGGCAAAUACACUAUACCUGGGUGGAAGGAGAGAAAAGGGGGUUCAGUUUCAUUACUUCGUGGGUGGAAACCUCAGAACUCCCCAAUUCCUCAACUUCCAGUCGAGAGAACUUCUUCCAUUCCUGGUUUACAGCAAUUAUGUUCUAAUACUAAUAUCCUUUUAAAACAAAUAUAUUAAAAUUUCCAGAUUGUUAAAGUACAGAUUCCUGGACCCCAUACCAGACCAACUGAAUUGGCUGAGAGGCUGGGAGGCAGGGAGAAGACCAGAAAUCCUCAUUGUAAACAAGCUUUGCAAGGGUGAUUUCUGCUAUACAGUCCCGCUUGUGAUCCACUAUUAUAAAUACUAAAAAACUUAGUCCAGGGCUCCCCAAACCUGGUGCCAAGUUGAAGUAAAAGCAGUUGAAACAAGUGAAGUGUAGGAAUGGUCCAAUCCAUUACUAAGAAAGAUUUAUAAUAGACACAGACAGAUUCCUAAAAGAGAAAUGGAUGAAUCAACCAAUACCCUGAGAAAAAGCCACCUCUUGGGUCAAAUGCUUCAUUUAUUUGUGAUGUUCCCUUAAGAUUAACAAUAUUCUCAUAAUUAUGACAAAUGUACAUUAGGGCAAGGUUAUAACCAGAGGGGAAAGAUACAAAUGAGAUGUAAAAUCACAUAAUUCACCUGUGAGAUUACUGGUGUUUUUAGUAUAUGCACAAUUUAUAGUCUCUGCAGAUUUAGAAAAUGGAGAAUUUUGUGUUAACGGCAGUGAGAAGAAACAUUUCCCAAGAAGGAAAAAAACAAGCAAUAAAUGACAGCCACCCAAAUUACAAUGGCAUACUUGGCAAGGGUAUGAUGACAAAUGCCACGCUCAGUGACUAGUACGUGGUUGGCAUUUCGUACAUGAUCUGUGAACUGAACUGAAUUAACAGUCAUAUGAGUCCAACAUUCCUUUAAGAGUUCCCUGAAUUGGCUACACUAAGGCAGUCAUUACAUUUAAAAUGUUUGUAAUUUGAGGCAUUCUCAAUUAAAUGAAGAUGAUCUCUACUCUCCCAGUGUCCAGGGUAUCUAAGGAUCAAAUGAGAUCGUGUAUAUGGACAUGUUGCAUAAAGCACUAAGUAUAAGACACCGUUAUUUUGUUCCAUUCAAAAUGUAGACUCCCAACAUAUGCCUAAUUAUAAAUUAAGGUGUUGAACUGAUAAAAAUUUAUAUACAAAAUUUCUAGCUUUUUUUUCCUAGCUUUUAAUUUUCUCUUGGUCAACUUGAUGAUUCGGUCAUCAGCUAAUUGAUGGACAGUAAGACACUUACCUAGCAUUCAGAGUCAUGUGCUUUACAUGUAAAGAAGAGAAAGAAGUACUCGUAGGAAGAGGAAACCACUCCAUGAUGAAUUCCUAGUAUUGAAUGGUCAUCAAUACUACCAAAAGGGCACAAAUUAAUAACUCUGUGGGUGGUGAAAUCCAAAAAUUAACAACUACAUCAGUCUACUAUCAGCAUACACCAAUGUCUGCCAGAGCUAUUUGCUUUCAUAAAUAUGGUCUUCUGCAAAUUUCCUUUAACAAAUGAACAUAUGGCAACAAAGGAAGACAAAUGAUGUGUUCUGAGCCAAACGGCAAACCCUGGCAAUUUUCCUAGCCUCCCAAUUCUGUCUGCUCCCAUUGCCUUGAACUACUUCUUCUCCCUAAGCUGUGAAUCUAGAAUAAACUUAACCAGAAAGAUAGCUGUGUACAGGGACCAUCUGAAACCAUAUGGUGUUCAUUUUAUUCCUUGGUCCAAAUUCUAAUUUAUCAUCUAGAAAAUCCUCUGAGUCCUGGUCGGCACAAUCCUUGAGCUUGGUAGCUUUACCAGCAAAUAAAAGGCAAAAUACAGUAGUAACUGCUGAUUAUGGAAAACAUCAUCCAUAGAACUUGAAAGGAUAUGAUCAAGCAAUCUGGGAGAGUAGUCAGUGGUGAUUCUAAUUUACAAAAAAAAAAAAAUGUUUAUUUAUAUUCCUUCCUUAAGAGACUGAGUUUAGCCACUUGCAGAUAUACUUAAUUUUUAAAUAUCGAUGCAGGAAAACAUUCAUUCAUUCAAGCUGUGUUUGAAAAAGCAUGUAAUCAUAGAAUACUCUUUCUUAUACAGGAAUAAAUAAAAGACCUGGUAUACCUUUAAUUCUGUUUUGAUUGCUGCCUUCAUCAUUACUGCCACCAAACAGUCAAAAUAUUUCAUGACUACAAUGAUCCACUUACAAUCAGUUUGCUAAAAGGUGAAAGAAGAAAGAUU